GAAAAAAAAAGUUCAAACCGACUGCGAACAUCAUAAAAGUCCGUAGCCGAGCUUGCGACUACUUAUACCAGCUUACAUCUGUUAAUUGUUGCGCCAUCGCAUCGUUACAAUGGGAAAGAAGAGAAAGGCAUCGAGUGGUCCUUCGGAGCCAAAGGGCCCUCGCGAAUAUAAUCCCGCUGAUGCGAGAUUGGGUCCUAUCAACACCUUCGAAGACAUAGCCGACUCAGAGGAGGAAUAUUUUAUGAACAAGGACCAAAUUCUUUUCGAAGAUGACCGAAAGUCCAAGAAACAGAAGAGACAGGAAGAGGAAGAAGAAUUCUUGGAGCAAUCUGACGAAGAAGCUCUUGCCUACGAUGACGAUGACGAGGACUCAGAAGAUGACGAUGAGGAAGACGACAGAGACGUCCGCAGUCGCCAACCCGCGAAAUCGGCCAAGGGACAACCUGAUGAUGGAUCUGAAGCUGGAGAAGAGGAAGGAGAUUCUGGUUGGUGGGGUUCUUCGAGAAAAGAAUAUUAUAAUGCCGACAAUCUUGAGACGGAGGCCGAUGCCUUGGAGGAGGAGCAGGAGGCCCGACGGUUGCAGAAGAAAAAGCUGGCGAAGAUGUCAGAGAGCGAUUUCGUUUUCGACGAAGCUGAGUGGCUCGCUCCUGAGGCCGAAGACGCAGACGAGAACGAGGUUGUUACUGAGGUCUUAAAGGACGUCGAGAUUCCCGCCGACAUGAACCCCGAGGAAAGAUAUCGCAUUCUACGGACAAGAUACCCCGAGUUCGAUUACUUAGCAGAUGAGCUACAGCACCUUCAACCUCUACUUGUGACUAUACAAAAGGAGGCCGAAGGGCAGCCGCCUAAAUCAUUACCCGUGGUUAAAUAUCGCAUUCUGGGUUGCUACGUUGCUACCCUUGCUAUGUACUUUGCUACCUUAUCGUCACCAGCUAGAGAUGCCGCCAACGGAGCUGCAAAAGCUCUUGACCCUGCAGAGCUACGCGAUCAUGAAGUUAUGGGAACUUUACUGGAGUGUCGCGAUGCGUGGAAGAAAGUAGAACAUCUGAAGCCAGCGGACCACACGCGUGUCAAUGGCGGCAUGCCCUCGCCGCCGGAAGAGGAGUCGUUAGCAGUUGAAGAGGAUAUCCAAGUAGAGUCGAAGCCUCCGAAGAAAUCAAGCAAAGAUGCCAAGGCCAAGGCCAAGGCGGAUAAGAAAGCGAAGGCUAUUGAAGAGUCACUUGCUGAUCUCGAUGCGCUUGUUUCUAUUAAGAAGAAGUCGAAGAAGUCGGGCGUUGAGAUUGCGGCAAGAGACAGUGAUUCGGAUUUCGGGGAAGAGGAGGUUCUUGAUGCCAAGUCGGCUGCUGAAAAGGCGGCUCGCAAAAAGAGUCUUAGGUUUUACACUUCGCAGAUCGUGCAGAAAGCCAACCGCAGAGCAGCGGGAGGUAGAGAUGCAGGUGGUGAUAUGGAUAUUCCUUACAGGGAGCGUCUAAAGGAUAGACAGGCGCGUCUUAACGCCGAAGCAGAAAAACGUGGGCAGAAGAGUUCAAAGAUGGGCGCCGAGCUUGGAGAUGCUAGCGAUGAAGAGGACGAGCGCGUUGCCACUGCUGUUCGAGAUGACGAGGAUGAAUAUUACGACAUGGUCGCCGCGGCAACGAGCAAGAAGAAGGCAGAGAAGGCGGCCCGAGCAGCAGCUCUUGCAGCAGCCAGCAAGAAUGACCGCGUGGUGGAGAAGGAGGAGAUCGGAGAGGAUGGCAAGCGUAAGAUCACUUACCAGAUACAGAAGAAUAAGGGACUUGCUCCGAGACGCAAGAAGGACGUAAGGAACCCAAGAGUAAAGAAGAGAAAGGCGUAUGCAGAGAAGCAGAAGAAACUAAAGAGUAUAAAACCUGUAUAUGGAGGCGGCGAGGGCCGGGGCGGAUACGCAGGCGAGCUUACCGGUAUCAAGCCGGGUUUGGUCAAGAGUGUCAAGUUGUAAAGAUGGUAUAUAUCGUUUUAAUUAUCAUCUGCAUAUUUAUACCUAUAUACGAAUCAAUUAGUUCAUCAUGUUAGGUACUUUGAGGUUUCUGACAGGUCGAACACCCAUGCAUACCUACCUCGUAAGGUACCUAUUUUCUGACUUGUAGAGAGUCACUUCGAUCUUUCUAGCAUAGACAUGUACCGACUUACCUACCUACCUAACCUAGUCUAGGUAGGUAAGCACACGACAUGGAUUUGAGUAUAGUAGUUAAAGUUACCGUUCC